AAGCAGGAGAAGCUCUUCUCUUCCCACUGCUGAGAUGUGGCUGCUGGCUCUAAUCACUCUUGUCGUUCAGUUGCUGAAACCAGCUUACCAGCAGUUUCCCCGGCAGUGCGUCACCAGAGAGGUCCUCGCUUCUAAGGAAUGCUGUCCCAUUUGGGAAGGGGAUGGCUCAGCCUGUGGAGCCCGAUCGGGCCGGGGAGUGUGCCAAGAUGUGGUCGUGUCUGAGGAGCCUAACGGCCCCCAAUUCCCGUUUGAAGGUAUAGACGACAGAGAGAGGUGGCCACUGGUGUUUUACAACCGCACCUGCCGCUGCCUCCAAAACUACAUGGGCUACAACUGUGGAGAGUGCAGCUUUGGCUACUUCGGACCAAACUGUGGAGAAAGGCGCGAAACGAUUCGAAGAAAUGUUUUCCAGCUGUCGACCGCAGAAAAGCAGAGGUUUAUUGCUUACCUGAAUCUCGCCAAGAACACAGUCAGCCAAGAUUAUGUAAUUGCGACUGGCACCUACAGCGAAAUGAACAACGGCACCAACCCUCUGUUCAGGAAUGUGUCCGUCUAUGAUCUGUUCGUUUGGAUGCACUACUACGUUUCUCGACACGCUCUGCUAGGUGGCACCAGUAAUAUAUGGAUGGGGGUGGACUUUGGGCACUGGGCGCCGGCCUUCUUGCCGUGGCACAGGGUGUUCUUGCUGCGCUGGGAACAUGAGAUUAGGAAGUUGACGGGAGACUUCAGCUUCACCAUUCCGUAUUGGGACUGGAGAGAUGCGCAGGGAUGCGAAGUGUGCACUGACAAUCUCGUGGGAAGCCAGAGUCGUCUCAACCCCAACCUCAUCAGUCCAUCAUCUGUGUUCUCUUCCUGGAAGGUGAUUUGCUCCAGAGCUCCAGAGUACAGCUUAAGGGGCGUAUUGUGUGAUGGAAGAGAGGAAGGACCUUUAUUGCGCAACCCUGGCAAUCAUGACCGGAACUUGGCGGAUGGCCUGCCCACGUCAGCUGAAGUGGACUUUACUCUCAGCCUGUCCCAGUACGACACUGGACCAAUGGAUCGCACAGCCAACAUGAGCUUCAGGAACACGCUGGAAGGAUUUGGGAAUCCUCGGACUGGCCUGGGGAACAGUCCCAAACUGGGUAUGCAUGCAGCGCUGCACGUCUUCAUGAACGGCUCCAUGUCUUCAGUGCAGGGUUCAGCCAAUGAUCCAAUUUUCAUACUGCACCAUGCAUUCGUGGAUAGCAUCUAUGAACAGUGGUUGAGGAGACACCAGCCAGAAAGCUCUCACUACCCACAGGCCAACGCUCCGAUUGGGCACAACAGCGAAUACUACAUGGCUCCCUUCCUUCCGCUGUACCGGAACAUAGAUUACUUCCUGUCCAGCAAAGAGAUGGGCUAUGAGUACUCCUACCUGCAAAAUCCUGGUCAGCGGUUUGUCGAUGACGUGGUGUCGUAUCUGGAGGAGGCGAGGGUGCUCUGGCCGUGGCUCCUGGGGGCAGCUGUCUUGGGGGCCCUUUGCUCCACGGCCAUGGCUGUGUGUCUAGCUAAAGUCUCCAAGUCCAUGUGGCGGUGCAGGAGCAGGCGACAGGGCUCCGAGAAGCAGCCUCUCAUUAUCAGCACUGACACAGAGGGCUCCUCGUCCUCUUACAGAACCCUGAGGCCAUGAGUGGUGUGGGCUCUAGGGGGAGACAGCAUACUUAAAAUUAUGCAAUCAACGGUUUGACAGCUAGGGGGCGACAAAAUACCUGAAAAAUGAUGUAAUAAGCUGUGUGCGCACUAGAUGGCGACAGCAUCUAUGCAGGUUUACAUACAGGGCCUGUGCUUCCACGCUGCAGUCCUGGAGACCAAGCAAUGCGUGGUUUAGUUAAGCCAUUCUUGAGCUGAUUUAUACAGAAAACUGUGCAACAAAGUGGACUACAGGACUGGGGCUAAGCAAGGCUGAUAAUGGGCCCUGAGCUUGUUUUCAAGACAUGGAUUAAAGGGAGAAUUCCAGACAUUUUUCAAAAUUUCUACAUAUUCAAACGGUUAUGAUGUAAACAAAGUCAUUCAGAACGGUUUGGUGUAAAAUGCUCCAUUCUGGAUAAACUUUCCCAGUAAGAAUCGUCCACAGUGGUGGUGAUAGGAACCAGACGUCUGAAAAGUUCAACCCCCCCCCAACCACCAGAUUGUUACUACAUGAAAUGUUAUUUUAUGACAUUUUAUGAUUCAUUUAGAAUUUUUCAAAAAGCCGUUAAUGUCAGGAGGUACUUGCAGGGAGUCAUAAGGAAAAUAACCUUAUUUUUUAAAAUGCAUUUCUAUGUUGCCAUCAUCAUCACAUAGGCUCAUUGGUGGUUUUGCACAGUAAACCCUGGUUCCUAUCAGCACCACUGUGAAGGCCUCAGAGUUGCUAAGUUUCUUUACAAUUUCACAUCAAAACCCCUCUGAGUGGCUUACAUCUCAAACACUAAAUUACAUAGAACAUUGCUGGGAUGUCCCUUUAAUCCUCGCCUUGCGUUAACUUUUAAUGGCAGUGGUUAUUCAUCAUUACACUCAAUGCUUUAUUACAUCAUUAUAUCAGCCUUGGUUUAGGCUUAACCUCAAUCUGGGUCUUACAAGGCCGCAAAAGUUCAGGGCUUAGGCUAAACUCUUGAAUUUCUAGCUAGUGCUUAUAUGUAGGCUAUUUGGCGCAGACCUGUCUUCAUCUCUGUAUAAUGUAACCGCCUUUUCAUUUCAUUUAAAGGUAAAAUGUAGUUAGUCUCAUUCCUUUUUUGAACCUGCUGUUGCAAUUCCUUAUUAAGACUUCUCUUAAAUAAAGAUUUCCUUUCAGAA